AUGUCGAUCGCAGAGAAGCACGACCACGAUGAGCAGAACGGGGGUGAAGGCCCGAGUGCUCCGCAGGAGCUUUUCAUUACGGCUUUGCAGCAGGUCAAAUCCUCCCAAUCCGAGCUGAUUGACCAGCUCGUAGUCUUGGAAAGAAGUCACUUUCAGGAUCUGGAAGUACAUCUGAUGCUGCGAAAGCAACUUGAGACAGAAGUGGAAAGGCUAACCCGGGAGAUUGAUGCACUCUCUCAGGCCAAAACCACCGCAGCAAGAAAAAAAAAGAUUAAAUCAUCCCGAAAGCCGAAGCAAGUGAUGUACGAGUACGAGAAUCCGGUUGCAAUUGAGCCGGCAGAGGAGCCAGCAGCGAAACCAGACGAGGCCUUCGAGCAUUCAAUGACCACCAACACCAAGAGCCGUUUUACGCAGUUGGUGAAAGCGGAUGCGCAUGUAGACGGGAUCAGCGACGACUUCAGCAUCAACAAGAGAUUGGAGCACGCGCGUGCCAAACUCGAGUCAUCGCGCAACAAUUCGGCGAUGAGAAGAGUCGAGCAGCUUCUCAAAAUGGCAAUGGGCCGAGAUGAGGACUCAGAGGACGACCGGUCAGGAAACAGCGAACUUCGAUGGCUGAUGUUUGAAGCCACGGCGGCUGCCUUGAUCGCCGUCAACUCCGUCCUGCUAGGCUUGGAGGUGCAGUACACCUCAUCGAACCUUCAGCCCAACCUCUCCUUCAUGUUGGGCAGCGUUCUGUUCGGAGUGUGGUUCAUUUUCGAAGUGUUCGUCCGAAUGUAUCAUGUGGGCCCCAUCCAGUUCUUCAUGAAUGAUUCACGCUGGUGGAAUAUUUGUGACCUUUUCCUCAUGGGAGUCAGCGUGCUGGAUAUUUGCCUGCUUCUACUGGGUGGUGCUUCGACAUCUCUUUCCAGCCUCAAAAUCUUGAAGAUGAUCAGAGUGGUUCGGCUUUUCCGAGUGUUCCGGUUUUUCCAGCAGCUCGCCACAUUAGCCCUGAUGGUCGCAGAGUCUGUGAAGCAGCUCCUGUGGGCCCUUUCCAUGUUUGUCCUAAUCAUGUAUAUUUUCGCAAUUACGUUGACGAGCUCGUGCACCGACUGGCUGAAGUCACAGGUCGACUUCAGCAAACCAGACUGGGAGUGGGACGUUGCGAACACAAGCCAACCUGGUGUUAAGGAAGUCCAUCACUUCUUUGGGAGUCUGCCGCGCAGUGGGUACACUCUUAUUCAGACAACACUGGGAGGAAUUAGUUGGCACGAGGUUACAGAUUCACUUCUAUACGUUGAUGCCAUCUCCUUUUGCUUGAUGUUCGCCUACUUGGUCUUCACUAUCCUGGCCCUGCUGAACGUUUUCACAGGUGUUUUUGUGGACAAUGCUGUCCAGAACUCCAAAAAGCAACGCCAGAUCCAGAUUGAGGAAACCCUGGAGAAGAAGCGCAUGGGGCUAGAUCAGAUCAUCGAAUUUUUCGUAGCCACAGACCUUGAUGGCGACGGAACGAUCAGCCUGCAUGAAAUCCAUGCGUUGUUGCAAGAUCCUGUGAUGAACGCUUAUUUUGACAUCAUCGGCUUCAGACCUGGAGAUGCUCAGAUGCUCGCCGACCUGCUAGACAGGGACGGAUCAGGUGCCAUCACCCUGAACGAGUUCAUAAAUGGUUGUGAGCGGAUGAAGGGUCAAGCCAAGGGUAUUGACGUGCAUCUACUCUUGUUGAAGUGUCACCACAUCUACGAGAAGUUGGAAAGGCUGGAUGUGCUUGCUCGUGGCACUCCUUUCCAAGCAACCAAUUGCGACUGCAGCAAAUGA